AUGGUUAUUUAUGGAAUGCCGACCGAAAAGUUUCUUACUUCGAUUAAGACACAAGGAAGCAGAAAGGAAUUAAUAUGGGCAGGGAAGUACGAAAUUCACGACUUUAAGGAUGGAAAAUGGAUCGUCUACAGGAAAAAUGACGGAACGACGGCACUUGAUGGAAAUGGAGGAAUAUCCUCCCUACAUAAGAUUCCGCUCCAACCUCAAAUUAGAACCCGUUCGAUCCGUAUUUUUCCCAAGAGUACUCAUUCUUUGAAUGGCAAUGCGUCUCUGACAAAUGUUGCCUGUCUGCGACUGGAAUUAUACGGAUGCUCUGCCCCAGUUGAUGGGUCGUGGAGCGCGUGGGGUCCCUGGUCGACAUGCAGUGUGACCUGUGGACUUGGAAAGCGCUUACGUGAACGGUUUUGCGACUCGCCAGUACCUAGUAACGGUGGCGCUCCGUGCAACGAGAGUGAAAGAACUGAACAGGAACAUUGCAGAUUACAAAAGUGCAUUAAGCCUGCUGUCGACGGAGCCUGGGGUAAAUGGGGUCCUUGGUCAGCGUGUAGUUUAACAUGUGGAAUUGGAUUGCGAUCACGUGAAAGGAAAUGUGAUUCACCUGAACCGAGGAAUGGUGGAGUGCCGUGUAACAGAGCAGAGAGAAUGCAACAGAGAUUCUGUAGAGUAGCCAGAUGCGGAGUAACACAAGGCAAUGAUUUGGGAUUUUCCGGCUCGGGUUAUGGCUGGGAAACUUCUCCAGAUACCUUAGGAUCUGGCGAGGAUAAAGAUGGUUGGACGGUAUACUACGGUAAAAAGAAACAACACCAGGGAUUCAGCGAUGACGAGGACUUGGCGUUGAAGUCAAGACCUCUCGGUUAAGUCUUCAGUACGAACUUGGAAGUGUGGAAGCAGCUUAACUGUUCAGAACAGACAAUAACAUCUAACUUUUAGACCUUCAGCUUGUACCAAAAGCACUAAAACCUGUUUUAUUCAAUCGUUUUUAGAGGAUUUUCAGUCUUAAAUAGCUUUUCGCGGUAUCUAGAAGCUGUUUCUUCGCUAAAAACCAAGACACUUGAUGUUAAAGUUUGACAAUUGCGAAUCUGUUCGAACAAGACAAGUCCUAUCUGCAGCGGUUAUUACAUCCUAAUGAAACGGGCUUCAAAAGCUUAUUACGAGAGAAGCUCAGUAAAGGGUUUCUGAAUGAGGCCGUUAAAUUUUGUGGGCUUCGUUCAGUAUUCUUGUGCAAAAAAUAAAAUAUUUCAUAACUGAUCUGUAAAAUUUAAGAUCAUUUAUGAUCACCUAGCAGUCAUUAUGGGUGUAUUCAGUACCAUAAUCUGCACUGCCAAAUAUCCUUGGGACUCCUUAGUGAACAUGAUACGACCUAAGUAGUGCAGCCGUAGAAAUGCAGUAAGUGGCUUGAGUAUAGUGAGCCAUUCAUUCGAGUAUGUUAACUGUACUUCUUUGAGCUUAAUCAUUAUUAAAAUGUUUUCUCUUCUUUCCUGCAA